AUCAGGCUGGAGAGGACAGGUAUGUAUGUAAUUGUGCUGAUAUGGUUCUGUUCUCUGCCGGAGGAUAAAAUCAAAAGUUAUCACUACUGGAAAAGGAUCGUAAAUUUCUUCUUCAUGGGCUAAAUAAAAUUUGUUCAUAUAAAAUACUCAAUCAUCAUGUUUCGGAGAUGUAUUUUUCGCCCCUUGAAGUUGUCCAAAAUCUUAGCUAUUUGGUACUGUGGAGCAUGUCCUUUCCGAGAGCUCCGGCUGCAGAAUAACUAAAUUUCAAUUGCGACAUGUGGACAGAUGGAUGUAGGGCCAUAGGAGCAGCUUUCAGACAUAAGCUGCUGCUCCUCAAUGUGCGGCCGAAGCUGAUGUUUCGCCGGUGGCUCUGCCUGCUCAGUCUGAGCCUUUUGCUGCUGUUCUUGUUUGGACUCCUUAUCACACGGGACAGUCGUUCACCUGCGGACAGUCGUUCACCUGCUACACAAAUUUCAGGACUCAGGGGCUACAGGAGGAUUAGCCCGGACAGGAUUGGACAGUUUCUGGAUACUCACUGUAACCGCUGUGCCUUGGUCUCCAGCUCCGGUCAGAUGCUUGGCGCCGGUGCUGGUGAUGAAAUCGACCAAAUAGGGUGUGUAAUCCGUAUGAACAACGCCCCCACAAGAGGGUUUGAGAAGGACGUCGGGAGCCACACCAAUGUCCGAGUCGUGUCUCACACCACUGUUCCCCUGCUGGUAAAAAAGGAGCGGUAUUAUUUCAAGCAGUCUGCGGACACAACGUAUGUGUUUUGGGGCCCCUACAGGAACAUGAGGGAAGACGGAGGAGGGAUUAUUUUCAAUGUCCUCCUGAAGCUAGCACUCAAGUAUCCAAAAGUGAAAAUGUAUGUGGUGACCCGAGACAAGAUUCAGUACUGUGACAGCGUGUUUCAGAAUGAAACAGGAAAAAACAGGAUGAAAACAGGUGCAUUUCUCAGCACUGGAUUUUUCUCUAUGAUCCUGGCAACGGACAUGUGUGACAGCAUUACUGUUUAUGGAAUGAUUGAUGAUAACUAUUGCAGCCAAGCCAAUCACAGCGUAGUUCCUUAUCAUUACUAUGAGCAGAAGAGGAUCAGUGAGUGCAGGAUGUACACAUACCAUGAGAACACACAGCGCGGAGGACACCGCUUCAUCACUGAGAAGGCUAUCUAUGCUAAAUGGGCAACACGCCACAAAAUACAGUUCAAACAUCCUUCAUGGAGGCUCUGAGAAAUGGCAUCCUGUAUAAAUAUCUCAUCAACAAAGAAGGUGACAGUGUUACAAAAGCAGGAAGAACUUACUGGUCUCAAGUAUUUUGUUGUUGUUCUUAAAAGGUAUUUACCGUUUUUUAAAUUUUAUGUGAGGAAGAGCAUUAAACUGGCAGCGUAGUG